AAAAGCACUAGUCAAUUAUUAGCUAAGCUGCUAGAGCAUUAGUACUCUUUAUGAAGUAACCUUUGGCUGAUGGACCUGACCCCAUGGACGCUCAAGCCGAAGACACCUCUUCUACCAACCAAUCCCCUGAGCUCUGGGGAUAGUUCCAUGCAGUUUGCCCACGGAGAGAGCCCUCCGCAAACUUUAGUAUCUCUGUCAAAAGUUUCAUACCUGGUGGAUCAUGGAGCUCCUUGUAAAUGUAAGAAAAUGGAUAGAAGAAAACAAAGCUGCUUUUUUGCCACCUGUGUGCAAUAAGCUUAUGCAUCGCUAUCAAUUAAAUGUGAUGUUUGUUGGAGGGCCAAAUGAAAGGAAGGAUUAUCAUAUUGAAGAAGGAGAAGAGCUUUUUUACCAGGUUAAAGGCGAUAUGUGUUUGAAGAUAAUUGAAAAUGGGAAACAAAAAGACGUUGUCAUCCGAGAAGGGGAGAUGUUCCUCCUGCCUGCUAGGAUACCUCACUCUCCUCAGAGAUACGCCAACACUGUGGGUCUUGUGAUUGAGAGGGAAAGAUCAAAGACAGAAAUUGAUGGGCUCAGAUACUACGUUGGAGAUACAACUAAUGUCCUCUUUGAAAAAUGGUUUCACUGUGAAGAUCUUGGCACUCAACUUAUACCAAUAAUUCAAGAGUUUUUCAAUUCAAGGCAAUAUCAAACUGGAAAACCAAAUCCAGAUGAACUCCUGAAAGAAACGCCUUUCCCACUAAAUUCCACUUCUGUUAUGGAGCCAUUUUCCUUCCAAGGCUGGUUAAAUGAUCAUCGUGGGGAAAUAAAACAGAAGAAAUCCUUGAGUAUGUUUGGAGAUAACUUUGAAACAGAGGUUAUAGCUUAUGGACCAGGAACAACUGAGAAAAGUAAAAAGAAUUCAGAUAUCUGGAUAUGGCAGCUGGAGGGCGCAUCGACUGUGACCAUGGAUGGUAAAACCCUGACUCUAUCUGCUGGUGACAGCCUGCUUGUCCGAGCCCAGACUACGUACUGCUGGAAGAGAGCAGAAGAUUGCAUUGCUAUUUGCAUUGCUCAGGACCCAAAACGCAAGCAGCCUUAUACCUAGCUCCUGUGCCCACUGACUUUGAUGAUAACAAAGUUUUAACCUAUUUGCAUUCUCUUAAUGAUCUUUUAGUUGCAACGCCUGGAAAUUUGAGUAGUCUAACACAAUGAUUACACUAAAUUAAGUGGAGUCAAGUGCUGUGCCAAAUUAAAACUUCCCCCCCCCAAGUAGUUAAAGUUUCAGCAAAAUCUACAAUCAGUAAUUUAAAAAAAAAAAAAAAACCACAACAGAACAAUAGUUCUUAUUUGAAAGAAAAUUAAACCAGGUUCAAGUAAAAGGAUUGUUUAUAUAAUAUGUAUACUACUUAGAAUAAGUUAAUGCUUAUGUAGAACAACAUCCAGAAUAAUCAACAGCUCUUUACCCAUCAAGAUGCACCAUGAGCCAUGGAAAUUUCACAAUAAAAAUUAAGGCAUCUCUCUCCCAGCUUUAGUGACUUAAGGAUUUAAAAUAAAGGUUACACUCAAA